AUGUACACGGACUGCUUACUGAUAAUUUUCAUUGCCACAUGUACGGCACUGGUCGGCGAAGCGCUCACCUACGUGCUGGUCUAUCGUAGCGAGCAGUACAAGCGCCUGAAAAAUGAGAUGGAACGGAAAACGAAAAAACUCGAGCGAAAGAAGGAGACGACAGCAGAAGUGGAUCGUACAGCAAAACGGAAAAUCGAACGAGAGGAGGAGAGGCUGAAAGCGACAAAUCGUGAUAUGAGUAUGUUCAAGAUGAAAAGUAUGCUUGCGAUUGGUUUCGCAUUCACUGCGCUACUCUCCACGUUCUCCUCUAUAUUUGAUGGACGAGUGGUUGCGAAAUUGCCUUUCACCCCCAUAUCAUGGAUUCAAGGACUUUCACAUAGGUAA